AUGGAUACAGGGGUUAGUUUGGUUCCACCAUCAAGUAAUGGAAUGCUUUCGAAGGUGAAGCCUCCCAAUGAAGAGGCCGAUUAUGUAGAGAGAGACCCGAGCAAUAGAUAUGUUCGGUACAAUGAAAUCUUGGGCAAGGGUGCCUUCAAGACUGUCUACAAGGCAUUUGAUGAAGUUGAUGGAAUAGAAGUCGCUUGGAACCAAGUGAAGAUUGAUGCUGUCUCGCGAUCACCAGAAGAUUUGGAAAAAUUGUACUCUGAAGUUCAUCUGCUGAAAUCACUGAAUCAUGAAAAUAUUAUUAAGUUUUAUAAUUCCUGGGUGGAUGCCCACAAAAAUACUAUUAACAUGAUUACUGAGCUCUUCACAUCUGGAAGUCUAAGGCAGUACCGGAAGAAGUAUAAAAAUGUCGAUACUAAGGCCAUAAGGAAUUGGGCGAGGCAGAUUCUCCGAGGUUUAGUCUUUCUCCACAGUCACAACCCGCCUAUCAUUCAUAGAGACUUAAAAUGUGACAAUAUUUUCAUCAAUGGAAAUCAUGGAGAAGUUAAAAUCGGAGACCUGGGAUUGGCAACUGUUAUGCAACAACCUACUGCUCGAAGUGUGAUUGGGACUCCUGAGUUUAUGGCUCCAGAGCUCUAUGAAGAGGAGUAUAACGAACUCGUCGACAUAUACUCUUUUGGGAUGUGCAUGUUAGAGAUGGUUACUUUUGAGUAUCCAUAUAGUGAAUGCAAAAGUCCUGCUCAAAUAUUUAAGAAGGUUACCUCUGGCAUUAAACCUGCAUCCCUUGGUAAGGUGAAUGACCCCCAAAUUAAAGAGUUCAUUGAGAAAUGUCUGGUUCAAGCAUCCGAGAGGCUUUCUGCAAAAGAGCUGCUCAAAGACCCAUUCCUUCAAGUUGACAACCCGAUGGAACCAAUCCGUGAUCCCUUACAGUUACCUAACCAAAGUCUGAAAGUAAUAAAUUUACCCAAGUCGGGGCCUCUUUCCAUGGACAUAGAUACUGAUUAUAAGCAGCUAUCUAUAAGCACAUGUGCAGGAAGCAACAAUGGAAGUCCACAGGUUCUGGAAUUUCAAAGGACAAAUAAAAACAACCAGUUCAGGUUAAAUGGGAUGAAAAUUGACGAUGAUUCAGUCUCAUUGACCUUGCGUAUUGCUGAUGCAUGUGGUAAGGUGAGUUACAUACAUUUUAUCUUUUACCUUGCUACUGAUACCGCAGUGUCUGUGGCGAGUGAGAUGGUUGAACAACUGGAGUUAACAGAUCAUGAUGUAGCCUUCAUUGCUGAGUUUAUUGAUUACUUGAUAAUGAAACUUCUACCCGGUUGGAAGCCUUCAUCUGAUUAUUCCUCAAGCGGACCAGUAAGUCCUUAUGGUGGCCAACCCUCAAUGUCCAGCCUGUGGGGUUCAGCGCUAUCUGGUAUUCCUGCUAGUUCCGGGGUUGAGCAAGAUGGUAGUUGCUGUGAUAACCCUGAAACAGUUAAUUGUAAUGGUGGCAUUACCUCUUAUCCAAGCUUUGCUGAUUUUGCUGAUGAACAUUCGAAAGUAUCAGUUGAGUCUGCUGUACUGGUUGAUGAUGCUUCCACCAAAAACGACAAAGUAGCUGAAUCUGUUGAUUGCAGCAAUACUGCUGGAAGCUGCAUGUGCUCAUUUUUUUAUGACAUCAAAUUUCAAAGCAACUAUGCUAGUAAUGCAGAGGAAUGCUCUCUGGUGAAUGGGAUCACAGAGAAGUUGGUGUUUCCGUUGCUUGAAAUCGAAGCACCAAAGGUUAUGAGCUUGACAAGCAGCUGUUCUUCACUGUCUUUGGCAGAUAAUGAUCUGGAUGCUGAGUUGAAGUCGGUACUUGAUACCAUUGAAUCACAGUACCAGCGCUGGUUCCAAGAACUCUCUAGGAUGAGGGAGAAAGCAUUGGAAGUGACUAGAAAGAGAUGGAUAGAAAAGAAGAAAGUGCCUGUUCACUAA